AUGGGUGCUGUAGGACCCCAAGGCUCUGGGCACAGCCCGCUAGGAGGAACCCAAGGCAGAUCCCGCCUGCUACCAGCAGCGCUGGGAGCCUGGGACCGCCUGGGACCGCCUGCAGCCCCCAGCUCCCAGCAGGACUCGGCUGAUGCAGCCCCACCAGCUACCCCUGCAGCCCUGUGCACUGCCGCGACAGCGCGGACGCUCACCUCCUCCACCCCUGCAGAUGGGACGGAGCUUCCCAACACCGCCCGCGUGGCCACCCAGGGCACCAGCUCUGCCGGGCCAACCACGACCAUCGUGGUGCCCACCGUGGUGCUGGUCCUCCUGGCUGCCGCCGGCUCUGCCGUCAUCUGGAUCCUCGUCCGGAGGAGGAGGGAAGCCCAGCAGAGACCCGCUGGAGAGGCCAUGUGCUUGGGGCAGCUCAAGGUGGCCGCGGACCCGCAGGCUCCCGGCAACGCACAGCCCCUGCACAGCACAGCUCGGGCAGCCGCUGCGGCGGACGGGGACGUCUACAGCAACUCCCUGGCAGAGGGCCCCUGGGACCCGUCACCGCCGCCCCCUCACAGAGCGGGGGCCACCAGCACCGGCACGGAGCGGGAGCCGGUGCCGCAGGACGAGCAGCUCUACGAGAACACCCUGUACGAGAACACCCGGCGGCAGAAGAGGCUCCGGGGCACAGGGUGCUUUGUGUAUGACCGUGGGGAAAAGAUCUCCUGGGAAGGAGGAAGCUGGACAAUGCGGAUUUUCCUUGUUUUGGCCCUUUUCUCAGGCGCCGGCGCUGCGAUGGUGACGGGCCCCGCGCGGGUUCACGGCAAGCCCGGCGCGUCCGUCUCCGUGUCCUGCAGGUACAAGGUGGGCUAUGAGCUCUACCCCAAGUGCUGGUGCAGAUGGGUCAUCUUCUGCUUCUGCAUCACACCCAUCAUCUGCACCAAUGACACGGAGAGCUGGGUGACGAAAGGCCGGGUGUCCAUCAAGGACAACCGCAGGUCUCACACCUUCACGGUGACACUGUGGGACUUGGUGCCGGCCGACACGGGUCGGUACUGCUGCAAGGUGGCCCAGCUGCGGUGGUUCAACCUGUGGCACGCCACGAGGCUCGUCGUCUCGGCAGGUAGCACCGGCGUGAAGGAGGUGGACAAGGAGCAGCCGGAGCAUCCAUUCCGCACAUGA